UAUAAUUUAAACAUACCUAAGUACAUAUGUAUGUAAGUUCUAAAAAAUUCUGUAUCAUUUGUUGACGAUCUUAAAUAACUACCUUAACGUUGCUGUAAUUACUGUACCUUUGCCAGCCCUUAUUAUGUCGUCACCCUAACAUAUCAACACAAUUGUUACUACUUUGUCCACGCACAAUUGCAUGUUAUCGCAUCACCAAUUAUAUGCCAUUGGACAAGACUGCAGCCCAGAACCAAAAGUGACACGAGACCAACAUCAUGUGGUCAAAAAUAUACGUCCUCUCCUCACUUUUAAUAGGUACAUUGGCAGAUAUGCCAUUUACCAUAACCAAGUUAAGCGAAGGAGUCAAAAGUACGGGAUAUAAAAUCGUUUAUGGUGACGAAGAUUUAACAGUGAUCAAUGAUGUUGUUAAUGAAUUAGAAAAGGUUGAUGUUUUGAAAAAUAAGGUUGAUUUAAAUGAAGCGUUACCGCCGCUCCAUCCGGAAGAUGUGAAAUGUCUGAUGUCUGUUGACAGAUAUUGUUCUAAAGAUAUGGGGCAAAUAAAAGCGGUGAUAAUUCAAGCAGUAAAAGAAGACUGUAAACAUUGUACAAUUGAUGAAAAAGAAAAGGCUGGAAAAGUGAUAGCCUCUGUAAUGGCUCACGAUCCCAUAGCAUGGAAGCUGUUUCUAACGAGAUCUACUCUAAUCGGCAAGUCUAAAAAAUCAUCAAAAGAAAAAAUGCCCAAAAUAAAAGCUAUAGGGACGCCUGAAGAUGUACCAGGUUCUAAAGAUCGAUAUAUUUUUCCUGGUGUUAAGGUCAGAGUUAAAAGGUAUGUUGGCAAAACGUUAUGAUGUUACUUAAGUAUAACCUUCCCUUGGUGUAAUUUAUAGUGUUUACUUACAACAAUUGAAUAACCCUUCAUUAAUAGUAAGUAAGUAAUAUUAAUAGUAAGUUAAUACAUAAGAUUAAAUAAAUUUCAGUUGAAUUAUUGGUUCGAGGUUUUAUUUCACGUUUUAAAUUUUUAAAGUAGAUUAAGUGUUUAGGACUUUCCUCAUAAUUAUUUGAAGUUGAAUUCUAUAAGGUGAGUUUAGUGCAUUUAUUUAUGUAGGUACCUAACUAGAGAAGCAAUAAGCGGACCCAAGGCCACGAAGCAAUAUGAAGGAGGGUGUAACUGGGAUCACGUAAAAAUGAGAGAGCGAGAGAUGUCCCAAGAAAUGCAAAAUGAGGAAAUUAUUGUUUCCUAUGUCUAUCUAUCGUCUAUGUUAAGUAAUUAGAGAAAAUGAUGAAAAGAAACAGUUAUUUUUGCCAGCAACUUCGUAUA